UAUAUGGUCUCUACUUUCGAUUUAAUAUAUUUUCAUUCAUUAGAAAUAAAUAAGUAUAUUUGUUUAAUUACAGCUCAAUAUGCAACUCAUCGUGAUCAUUAGCAUGGCAAUUUUCGCUUUUGCGAAUGCACAGGUUUCUUCACCUCCAAAUUAUAGUCAAAAAUAUCCGAAAUACUAUAAGUUCUCGAAGAUAGCCCGUCAUCAGAGAGAUGUGACUUGGGACAAAAAAGUUGGAGAUGGCAAAGUCUUUGGUACUUUAGGAAGCGAUGACUCCGGCCUUUUUGGUAAAGGAGGCUAUAAGCAAGACAUCUUCAACGACGAUCGCGGUAAACUGCAAGGCCAGGCUUACGGUUCCAGGAUGCUAGGACCAAACGGUGACGUCAGCAGCUUCGGUGGUCGCUUAGAUUUCACUGACAAGAACUCACAAGCUUCCUUAGACGUCAAUAAGCCAAUCGGUGGACGACCCAGUGUGACAGGUACAGGUGCAGGAGUAUGGAACUUCGAUAAGAACACCAGGCUAUCCGCUGGCGGUACGAUCACCCAAGAGCUGGGCCGUGGUAAACCAGAUGUCGGUUUAAAAGCACAGUUCCAGCACGACUUUUAAAGUAGUCUUUCUAUCGCCUAUCAAUUAAAUUUAUAUUUUGUAUUAAGUAGGUCUGUGGUUUGCGACUUGAAUAGGGCUAUGAAAAAACUUUAUUUAGAUAACAAUCAAGUUA